UGGUUCCGCCACCCACGACGGACUACUCGUGACUUGGGGUGACGAGGAGAGACGUGCGGACUUGGGACGAGAAGGAACUAGGAAAUGGGGAAUAUUGCGUGGGCGUGAGGUGUACGGAAAGGGGAGAAGAAAGAGAGAAGAUUGGUGGAAAGUAAGGAGAAUGGUGGUUGAGUGGAAGAAAGGAAUGGAAGUGGCGAGAAACAGAUUGACGUGGGGCAAAAGUUGGGUUUCGGACGGGGCGUUGGAAUGCUUGUAUGUAUUGACAACUUGCAACCACUUUGAGAUCAGAUUAUGAGGCAAGGCCCUUGAGGCUAUUUGCACAAGUAUUUCUAAAUACUUUUCGCUGCGCCGGAGGCGAUAGUCGCCUAGAUCUGGUAUCAGAGCUAGCGUCGAAUUGCUGGCGAAUUUUUCUGCGUGGAGUCUACUUAGUGCGCUAAGUAGAGCAGAGGAGUUAAAGGAGAGGAGUCUAAGCCUACGUCAUGGCGAGUGACGAGGUUAGUUUGGGAUCCAGUGUGAGCAUUGGAGACCCGCAGAUGAGAGCUCUCCUGGAGGCCCUGUCGAGGGGGCAAUUUGUGGUGAAACCGACGAUUGGGCUCAGUGAGGCCCAACGUUUCAAUGGAAGCAGCUACAGUACGUGGCGCUUGAAGUUCAGUCGAAGGGCGGAGGAGGUGGACCUUUGGCCCUACUACUCGCCGGACAAGGAGACAGGGGAGGGAGUACCUCCUACUGAGACGGAGCCGGCGGAGAAAAUUGCAGAAUUCAGGAGGAAGAGUAAGCAAGCGUUCUUUCAGUUGUGUCACUCAGUUUCUGACAGUAUUGCCGUCAAUUUGGACCCGUUUAAGCGUGAGGUGAAUUCUGCGGAGAAGGCCUGGGCAUGUUUGGAGAGCAUGUAUCUUAGGCCAAGCAACGCUAACAAGUCUGCUGUGCGUAAGAAGUUGUUGUUGCUCAGCAUGGGAGAGGAAGAGAAGAUCAUCGACUAUGUCAACAGGGCGCGCAGCCUCAACGAUGAGCUAGUGGCAAUGGGAGAUGCUGAGAACGAGGAGCAGAUGAUCGAGCACAUAGCGAGUGGACUACCCGAGACGUGGGCAGCAGAGAAGAGCGGCCUUGUUCUUCACCCUCCAGAGAGCAUGACGCAGUUAGUGGACAAGCUGCAGUCGAUUGAGGCGAUGAAGAUAGCGAGCAAGGGGAAGACGGAAGCUGCAUAUGGCGGGCAGGAGAAGCCGGGGAUGGUGAAUGCAGCAGCGGCUUGGAGGAUUAGUGGUGCUUGUUACCACUGCGGUAAGAAAGGGCACAAGGCGAUAGAUUGCUACGACAAUCCUAAGAGCAGGAACUAUAAGGGGAAGGAAGCUGCAAGCGACGGAGAAGGUUGGCAGCAACGGAAGGGGUUUGGAGGCACCUGCGAUUUUUGUGGGAGGUACGGACAUAGGGCAGCAGAUUGCUAUUCCAAUCCAAACAGCAAGAGUUACAGGGGUCCAGCACAUCAGCAGCGGAAUGCACAGAAGGCGAACGUGAUGGAAGCAGAGAAGGAGAAGAAAAAUGAUAUUAUCCUUGGGGGCGCACAUCGGGCGAACAUUGCACGUGCGUCAAACCUACAAGCUGACGGUUUCAAGCUCCAUGGCUGGUACCUGGACAGUGGCUGCACACAGCAUAUGACGAACAGGUCAGAAUGGUUGAAGAAUGUGAGGGAGUCGAAUGAGAAAUUCAUAAUACUGGGAGAUAGCACAAAGUUACCCGUCACUGGAGAAGGUGACGUCCUAUUGCGUAGCAGGUUCGGGGAACUGAAGCUGAAAGGAGUACUGCUGGUGAAGGACCUAUCCAUGAAUCUGAUUAGUCAGUCACAGAUGGAUGCAUUGGGGUCUAAGAAGCAGGAUGCUGGAGAUCAUGCAACAAGCACGAUGAUGGCCAACAGAGUGGAGGCAAAGGUUGGAGAAACAGGAUGGGAGGAGAAACUGAAGCAGGCAGCAGCAAAGACAAGGAAAGAGGAGAUAGAGCAGUCUGAGGAACCUGAAGGAGAGAAGCAGACAGUAACGACUAUCAACUGGUUUGGUAAGAUUUUGGAGGUCAGUAAGGAAGGAUGGAGAGUACGAGCUGGGGACGAGUUGUUCAGUGAUUGUGAGGGUAUCCUAGAAUGGGCAAGAGAGAUUGGGGACUCUACUGAGGGCGAGGAGUACAGUAAGGAGAAGAAGCAGACCAAUCCUAAUCUGAGGGUUCAGAGUUAUCCAUUCAAGCCUGGUAAGCAGAAGCAGAAAGCCAAGCAGUUGCAGGGGAGUAUGGAGCUGACCUAGAGUGCGAGGAUGGAGAAUGCAGGGGAGCACUAGAAGAGACAAUCACAUGGAAGGUGCGUGGUUGGCAGAACCAUAGGGGAGGUUGUUGGAGUGGUUCCGCCACCCACGACGGACUACUCGUGACUUGGGGUGACGAGGAGAGACGUGCGGACUUGGGACGAGAAGGAACUAGGAAAUGGGGAAUAUUGCGUGGGCGUGAGGUGUACGGAAAGGGGAGAAGAAAGAGAGAAGAUUGGUGGAAAGUAAGGAGAAUGGUGGUUGAGUGGAAGAAAGGAAUGGAAGUGGCGAGAAACAGAUUGACGUGGGGCAAAAGUUGGGUUUCGGACGGGGCGUGUUCAACAAGCAUUCGGACUUCGGGCCAGCGGCGUGUUCAGCAAGAAAGUCGCGAUUGCGUGUGCGACUCCGCAUGACACGAAGCGCGCGAGUUACUCGCAGCGCACACGGCAGUUGCGAACCGCGUUUGUUCUUUCUUGUUUGCCUAUAAAUCAGUAUACUCUUGUGUGCUUUGUAUCUCAUUGGAACUAGUGGAAUGCUUGUAUGUAUUGACAACUUGCAACCACUUUGAGAUCAGAUUAU